GCCGCUGGCCGGGCCACAAAGGGAGUUUUGCAAAAUUAGGCUCAUGCGCUAAAGCCGUUGAUGUGCAGUCACCAUUUCCUAUGGGGACACGUGUUUGGCCCCGAUGGCGUCAGAACCUGUUCCCAAAUUCCAGCGAAAUCCGAAGCAGAUCUGGCGGCUGCGGAGCCGGGGAUUGCGCAAAGGCUCCUCCCGCGUGGGCGACGCAGCGCGGCUGGGGCGGCUCCCGGGCCCCUCUCGUGCUCCCGGGCCCCUCUCGUGCUCCCGGAGCCGCUCGUGUUUCCCGGGCACAGGAAAGGUCUUGAGCUUGGCGGCAGGGGCAGAGCGGGGAGCCGGGGGCGGCGGGUCAGCGGCCGGGCGCCGCGGCGGCUCUGCACCUCCCGCUCCCUGCCCAGCCGCGCAGCCAAGCGGACCCCUGCUGCCACUACCCCUGCCAGCACCAGGGCGUGUGCGUGCGGCUCGGCCCCGACGGCUACGAGUGCGACUGCACGCGGACGGGCUACUCCGGCGCCAACUGCACCGCACCCGAGCUCUGGACCUGGCUCCGCGCCCUGCUGAAGCCCAGCCCGGCCGUCUUCCACUUCGUCCUCACCCACUUCAAGUGGCUCUGGGACAUCAUCAACGUCACCUUCAUCCGGGACAUGCUCAUGCGGCUGGUGCUGACCGCCCGCGCCAGCCUCAUCCCCAGCCCGCCCACCUUCAACUCUGCCUACGGCUACGUCAGCUGGGAGGCCUACGCCAACGUCAGCUACUACACCCGCGUGCUGCCGCCCGUGCCCCACGGCUGCCCCACGCCCAUGGGCACCAAAGGGAGGAAGCAGCUCCCCGACGCUCAGCUGCUGGCCGAGCGGUUCCUGCUGCGGCGGACGUUCGAAGCCGACCCGCGGGGCACCAACCUGAUGUUCGCCUUCUUCGCCCAGCACUUCACCCACCAGUUCUUCAAGACCUACGGCAAGAUGGGCCGCGGCUUCACCAAGGCGCUGGGCCACGGGGUGGACCUCGGGCACCUCUACGGGGACAACCUGCAGCGGCAGCACCAGCUGCGGCUCUUCAGGGACGGGAAGCUCAAGUUCCAGGUGGUGGGGGGCGAGGUGUACCCCCCGACGGUUGCCGACGCUCCCGUUGCCAUGGUCUACCCGCCCGCCCUGCCGGCGGAGCGGCGGCUGGCCAUGGGGCAGGAGGUGUUCGGGCUGCUGCCCGGGCUCUGCCUCUACGCCACGCUCUGGCUGCGCGAGCACAACCGCGUCUGCGACGUCCUCAAGCGGGAGCAUCCCACGUGGAGCGACGAGCAGCUCUUCCAGACCGCUCGCCUCAUCCUCAUCGGGGAGACCAUCAAGAUCGUGAUCGAGGAUUACGUCCAGCACCUCAGCGGGGGGAAGAGUACAGCUACGAGCAGUUCCUCUACAACACCUCCAUGCUCACCGACUACGGCGUGGAGGCCUUGGUGGAGUCCUUCUCCAAGCAGGUUGCGGGCAGGAUUGGCGGGGGACAAACCAUCAACGGCCACGUCCUGCAAGUGGCCGUGGGGGUCAUCGAGGAGUCGCGGCAGCUGAGGCUCCAGCCCUUCAACGAGUAUCGGAAGAGGUUUGGCCUGAGGCCCUACGAGUCCUUCCAGGAGCUGACAGGAGAGGACGAGAAGGCAGCAGAGCUGCAAGAGCUGUACGGAGACAUCGAUGCCCUGGAGUUUUACGUGGGCUUGCUGCUCGAGAAGCCCCAGCCCAAUUCGCUUUUCGGGGAAAGCAUGGUGGAGAUUGGGGCUCCGUUUUCCCUGAAGGGGCUUCUCGGAAACCCCAUCUGCUCCCCCGAGUACUGGAAACCCAGCACGUUCGGCGGAGCGACCGGCUUCGAGAUAGUCAAGACGGCAUCGCUCGAGAAGCUGGUGUGCCUCAACGUGAAGAAGUGCCCGUACGUGUCUUUCCGUGUGCCGGACUCCGGGGAAGCGGGAGCCACCGGGAGCCACCGAGGCGGUGGCCCCGCUGCUGAGCUCUAGCAGCACGACGGCCCUGCGCAGAGAUCGGUGGGGAAGGAGAGGAGGCCUGCAGACUCCCUCUGCCGAACUCCAGCAGGACAGAAGGUCGCGCGACUCUGGGAUUUCUCCACCGCGUUGCUGGAGCCUUGGGGAAAAGCUGGUUCUGGCUCUGGGAAAAGCCAAGUGCCUUAAAAAUUGUAGCUACGUGACCUGUCCUCAGCGGACCGACUUCUCCUGCUAGCAAAUACCUCGCGCUACGGCAGCUGUGGGGCUGUGCCGGGGGCUCCCCGGCUCCUGGGCGCUCGGCAUCCCCUGCUCCGUCCCCCGCGACCGCCGCUGCUUCCCAGCGUCCUCCUCACCUCCUGCGCCAGGCUCUGCCGGCGAGCUCCCUGCUGCGUGUGCCGGCGCGGCGGGGAGGAGAGCGGGCAGCAAGGCCGGUUCUGGCCUGGCCGUGGCCGAGCUGCCGGCGGGACCCCGCGCUGCCCCGUUUCUCCUGCCGCCCCUCCCGGGCCGCCCCCGGCCUGCGCAGCCGCCCGACACGAAGGUGCCCAUCGCACCAGGAGGAAACCGCCCGAAGCGAGGCCAGAGGAAGGACAUCAGCGACGCGUCUGCAGCAGGAGACCGGGAGAGACGUGACGCGGCACCUGCCAGAGCUCCUGCCGCUGCCGCGCUCGGGACCGGCGCUCCGGUGCCUGGGCCGCCCUCCAAGCGCUGCCCGAUGCCCGGGCAGCUCUCGCUGGCAACGGGCCGCUCCGAGCAGGGCGCUGCCUCUGCCCGAGGGGGAGCGGCCGAGUCGCCCCUGCGGCCCGGGGUCCUCACGGCCGCGGCAGGCGCAGCUCCGCGGGUCGCGUCCCCGAGGGGCAGCGCCGGCCCCCGCCCCGGAGCCGCCUGCCCUGCAAGGCCCUCGGUCCCCCGCCAACGUGGGGUGACCGCUGGCGCCGGUCCCCAGAUCCCAGCUCACCUCCGGGAAAACGGACAGUGAAAACAACCGGUUUUUUAAACCCGUUUCUUCCAGCAAGUUUUCAAGCUGUCGCUCACGGCAGCCGGGCUCCGCGGCCGGGCAGGGCGGUCAGAGGGAAGCAGACGCUGCUGCAGGAACGCCGCUGCUGUGCUGGGGGAAGCCAGCGGCCCCGGCCGGGCUACGGCCCAGCGCGGGGGCGGCCGGCGGGCGCUGCUCUUACUGGCACCGUAGCAAUGGCCGCGUUUCUGAGCGCAUCCGAAGAAGCGGGGGGAAGGACCCCGCGAGGGAGGGGGCUCUGCGCGCCCCGGUCUCCGCGCACCGGCUCCGCUGCCGGCUCCCUCCAGCCGCCCCGCGCCUCCAGUUUGUAUCUCGGUGCUGCAGCUGCUGAAAACACAGUGCUUCAACCCGCCCCGGCGCAUCUCCGUCACAUAAAGUCUCUCUGCACACGA